AUGGACUUUUGGUCUCGUCUCAUUGGGGGUUCUGGCCUGUCGUCAUCUAAGGGGCUUCGGGGGAACUCUGCAGCUGACCGUCUGUCGGCGUUUAAGCAUGCGUGUAAUACGCUCGAUCAAAUAUGGCGUAGCGCCCCGACGGCUUCGGGAGAAGCUGCUGCCAUUCCUCAGGUCCGAAAUUGUCUCCAUCGCCUUAAUUCUGUCCUCAGCGAUGAGUCUCGCGGCCCUGCACCCCACCCCUGCCAGGCGUUCGCUGCCUCCUCGCAGGUGUACCUUACCGUCACUAAACUUGCGCUAUCGUUUUGUGAUCCUGGAGUGAUUUCGAGUGCCGCAAUCCUCUUCAAUAUCUUGAUUGACGCGGAAGUUGAAGGCAUUGUCGAUAAUCGUAUCUUUGCGAGGGCACUGGUCGACCUUGUUCGUAGAGCGGGCUCUGCCGGCGAGGAAGGGGAGGGGAGGCUUGUGGAGCUGCUUUUUGGAGUUGCAAAUAAUAUCAGACUGCGUCCUGCCAUUCUGUCUGCUUGGUUCUUCCCAAAGAACUACGGGAAUCGAAAAUUGGAAGUUAUUGAGGGCGGAAACGAGUUUGCGGGUGCAACGCGAAAGGAUGACUUCCCUCUCUUCUAUCUUCUAAUCGACUACGUGCAUCACGAGGGAAGAUCGGGAGAUUUUGCUCGCACUGGUCUAUUGUAUAUUAUCGAGACGGCAUCAAGAUCAAAAGAACUAGAGCGGUGGCUGAUAGAAAGUGACCUUGCGACCUUAAUGGCUACGGGUCUAGGGGCGCUUUACAGCCAGUUGAACAGGAAUCUUCUUUUCUCGAGGAGGGAUGACGAGAGUAUCCCCCGUAUCAUCGCUCUUUCUGACCAUGCGCCAGAGGAGGCUGCCGCUCGCCCCAAACUCGGCACUCAUAUGGAUGCAUUUCUCUCUUAUUUGCUAUUCUGGCAAGACACCAUCGACCAUUGCAAAUCUACCGAAGUCAAUGAUACACUGCUUGAUCAUUUUCAGGUUCUAUUUCUCCAACAGUUACUCUAUCCUUCCCUCUUGGAAUCGUCGGAUGUGGAUGGCGGUUCCACAUCCGCUGUGCUCACCUAUCUUUGCCGCAUUUUGGAAUCCAUUGACCAACCGGACUUGGUUCAUCGAAUUUUGCACUUUUUACUGGCCUCCUCGUCUGGGGUCGAGCCCGCCAUUCAGAUUCCCGAGGAAAAGCUGCGAAUGUCGCUAAGUCGCCGCAAGUCUCUUGAUCUUUUAGCUUCGUUUGCUGAGGCUUCUGCAAAGCCGUCACCGGAACUUUUCAAUUUGGUUGACCUCGUUUUGAUGAGUAUUGGGUCAAAAAAUACCCCCACGGUGGUAGCAACUCUCCAGCUCAUCGCUGUCAUUUUUCAACGGCACCAUAUAUUUGCAAGUUCGUUGAUUAAGACCGUUUAUCGUCCUGAGGGUUCUGUUCAAAUGCGCUCAAUUGGCGUGCUGAAUGCGGAAUUACAGCAUUUUGUGAGCUUGGCAAAAUUAAUACUGGAAGACCCCUUCUUGGAUCAAUCCUACCAAAAUUAUCUACUUGAUGCGUCUGCCAUUCUCGAAUUAAGGACACCCGUUCUACCUUUGAUUGGAAGCAUAGCCACAGAUCCCCCUCGAGAUUCGCUUUUGCUUCUGCAGACUAACGAUGAUAUAUUACGGGGAAUGGUCUCUCGGUUGGAGUCAUUUUUCACUAACAGCGUUGUAAUGAAUUUAGCGUUAACAGACGCUAUCACCGGUUUGGCAUCUUCGAACUUUGUUUCCUUGGAUGGAUGGCUCCUAGUUGAGCCUGAUGAUUACGAACACCAGGCCUCGGAUCCGAGCUCCAUAGGUCCCCCUCAUCAAGAAGUUGACCCCAGUGGAAAAUUGAAUCACAUCUUUAAUUGUACCCCGUCAGCGUUGCCCCUAGUGCCCAGGAUUAUUCGCAAACUGGUUCUAAGAAUCGAACAAUGGCGGCUUGAAAUACCAGAUUUCGACAUCCUGGUGGCAGCCCGCAGAUAUUUGCUCCAUUCCGGAAACGUGAACGAGGCAGAGUUUGAUGAAGAAUAUAUUGCCAAGUUUUCUGCAUCACCCCCUGGACCUGCAAGUGAGCGCCAGAGUCAGAAUACGACCAGGGUUGGGACGGGCUCCGACUCGCCACGUGGCCGCAAAACAUCACUUUUUGAGCGAACAGAUUCUUCGCCGUCACGUCGGUCGGGCAAUUCUGGUUCAAGAUCGCUAUUUAGUUCCCCUCUCCGGGAUUCUUCCCAAAAGCAAGCAUCCUCCCGGCCAGUGUCAGCAGCCCACGCUUCAUUGGCAGCAGAUGACCUUCGUAGACGUCUUGCAACCCCAAUGAAAGUCGAUUUGUCUGUUGAUUCCUCUGACAACGUGGAUUCUGAAAUCGACAGUUUGAAUUCUCCUUCAGCUCAUUCAAGGUUAGAAACGAUUGGUGACCAAGCACAUCUCAAGGAGCACAGUCACCCAAAUCCCCAUGUUACACUAGGACACAUCCUGACAAAUGUCAUCAUCCUAUAUGAAUUUAUUCUUGAGUUAACUGCUUUAGUUCAAGUUAGGACAGCGUUAUUUCAAGAGAUCAAAUUUGAGACCUAG